UUAAAGAAAAUUGUUAAACAUUUUUUAAACUAUAAAUACUAUUGAGUAUUUAACAUAAUUUACAAUAAAAUAACUAUAAUAUUAAAGAAAAUAAAGUGGUUUUUGUAUAAAAAUAAAGAAAAAUGGAGGAUAUUUUCCACUGGUGUCGUGAAGGCAAUUCCAUACAAGUCCGUUUAUGGCUUGAUGAAGUGGAGCAUGAUAUGAAUUUAGGUGAUGAUCAUGGCUUUAGUCCUUUACAUUGGUGUGCCAAAGAGGGUCACAGCAAAUUGGUGGAGACUUUAUUGCAAAGGGGAGCUCGUGUAAAUGCCACCAAUAUGGGUGAUGACAUACCCCUACACUUGGCAGCAGCUCAUGGUCAUCGGGAUGUAGUACAAAUGCUUCUCAAAGAACGUUCCGAUGUUAAUGCUGUUAAUGAACAUGGCAAUACACCUUUGCAUUAUGCCUGUUUCUGGGGUUACGAUAUGAUUUGUGAAGAUUUAGUAAAUGCCGGAGCCUCUGUUACUAUUGCCAAUAAAGAUGAUGAUACUCCCUUGGACAAGGCCAAGCCUGGUUUAGCCAAACGUUUGCAAGACUUGGCCGAACGUAAUGGUCAAGAAAUGAAAAAGAUUAGUUUUAAAGAACAAAGUUGGUUGGGUUUUAAGACUCGUUCACGUGAUGCUACGUUGUCACGUUUCAAAGGUAUAAGUAUGGGUGAUUUGGAUUUACAUACAAAAUUGGCGGUAACACCUUCGGGAGAAACUUGGCGUGGUCGUUGGCAAAAGAAUGAUGUUAUAGCUAAGAUUUUAUCGGUUAGACAAUGUACUUCAAGAAUAUCAAGAGAUUUUAAUGAAGAGUUUCCCAAGUUGAGAAUAUUUUCACAUCCCAAUAUAUUGCCGAUUAUAGGAGCAAGUAAUUCACCACCAAAUUUGGUUGUGAUUAGUCAGUUCAUGCCCAGAGGUUCUUUAUUCAAUUUACUGCAUGGAGCCACCGGUGUAGUAGUAGACACAUCACAGGCAGUACGUUUUGCUUUAGAUAUAGCUAGAGGUAUGGCUUAUUUACAUUCUUUGGAAAGAAUUAUACCCACUUAUCAUCUUAACAGUCAUCAUGUUAUGAUCGACGAAGACCUAACUGCUCGCAUUAAUAUGGGUGAUGCCAAAUUUUCCUUCCAAGAAAAAGGACGCAUUUAUCAACCAGCCUGGAUGUCACCAGAGGCCUUACAGCGUAAACCCACCGAUCGCAAUUGGGAAGCCAGUGAUAUGUGGAGUUUUGCAGUCUUAUUGUGGGAAUUAACCACCCGUGAAAUACCUUUUGCCGAAUGGUCACCCAUGGAGUGUGGCAUGAAGAUAGCCUUAGAAGGUUUAAGAGUUAAAAUACCACCUGGUACUUCACCACACAUGGUGAAAUUGAUAAAUAUAUGCAUGAAUGAAGAUCCCGGUAAAAGACCUAAAUUUGAUAUGGUGGUACCUAUUUUAGAAAAAAUGAAACGUUAAGUUUUUCCAUUUAACAAAAAUACUCGAAAUCCGUUGAAUUAAUUAUCUUUUAACUCCUCUUUUAAAAUAUCCUUUGUUGUCAAAAUUUAAAUGAAAAAUCUGCCAAAAUGUUGUUGUUUUUUUAAAGCAUUUUAAAAGUGCCUUAAAAAGAGUUUAACUUGUAAUUUUAAUUAAAUGUUUUUAAAAAAGCAAUUAAAGCAACAAAAUAACUAACUUUAGUUUAAGUUAAGGUGCUCGAUUUAUGUAUGUUUUUUUUUUUGUAGAAUUGUAUUGUGUCUACUAAUAACAGCGAGGGAAGUUUUUCCUUUUCUAACAAAAUGUAUUUUUUAUAAAUAUUAGUUAUACUUUUUACUACUACUACAGCUACUACUUUAUAAUAUAAAUUUAAUAAUGUUUAUUAAACCAUAUUUAAUAAAUAAAAUUACGAAUUUUAUAUUUAUAUUUUUAUAUUUAUAACAUAUUUAAUUAUAAAUAAUAA